UCCUUAUAUUGUAAAAAUAAACAUUUAUUUGUAUUUAGGUUUUACCUAAUAGUGUUAAAUAGAGUCCGCACAUGUUAAAGAUAUUUUCCAUGUAUAUCCCGCCUUACAGAAACCAAAAAUUUUUGAGAUAUGUACAAUUGUACCUUACAAUCUUACCUAAGAUAUUGUAGUUAUCCUUGAAGGAGGUUAGAAAACUUGUUAUGCGAAGAGUUUUUAUGAGUAUUCCACUAACGACCUAGCAUGAGACUUAAUUUGGCCGUGAUUAUAAUGUUUGAAUACUGAGGAAAACAGCCAAAUGCUAAACAUGUCACUCCGGAACUACCACAGACUCCGUAUACCAUUAACACAAAUACAAAAUCUACACACAAAUAUACAAAAAUCCUGUUUAUGCGGGAAUAUUUAUUUAAAUAAGUACAAAUAUGAUAUAAAGCAAGUGCGGGUGCACUCCACACAGAGUGACCAUAGGCAGAAGGCUGUGAUAGAGACAACUAAUGUUAUAGACAAGUUAAGUAUAGACAAGAGAGGACUAGAGCUGUGGAGGGUGAAGAUAGACCCGUAUGUAAAGCUAGCAAGAUGGGACAGACCUAUAGGUGUGCACCUCCUCUACUGGCCGUGCUCAUGGUCCAUAGCGCUCGGGUCUCUCCCCGGGACAGUGCCCAUGGAGACCUCCCUCAAAAUGGCGGGGCUGUUCCUGGCGGGCGCGGGGCUGAUGCGGGGCGCGGGGUGCACCAUCAACGACAUGUGGGACAGGGACAUUGAUGCUCAGGUGGAGCGAACCAAAGACCGCCCGCUGGUGUCUGGCGUGAUAUCCACGAAGCAGGCUGUGGGUUUUCUGGCUGUGCAGUUAUCACUAGCGCUUGGAGUGCUGCUGCAGCUCAACUGCUACAGCGUGGCGCUGGGCGCUAGCAGCAUGUUGUUAGUAAUAACGUACCCACUAGCGAAGCGAUUCACGAACUACCCGCAAAUCUUUCUGGGCGCCACGUUCAACUGGGGCGCUUUACUGGGCUAUAGCGCCCUACAGGGUGCCAUAGACCCGGCGGUCUGCUUGCCGCUCUACUUCGGCGCUCUAGCGUGGACGGUGGUGUACGACACCAUUUAUGCGCAUCAGGACAAAAUGGAUGACGCGCGCAUAGGCAUGAAGUCCACCGCGCUCACGUUCGGUUCGGCUACCAAGCCGGCCCUCAGCGGAGCCCUGGCGCUCAGCACAAGCUGCCUACUGCUGGCGGGCGCCGGCGCGGGGCUCCAGUGGCCCUACCAUGCAGCUGUGGGGGCUGCGACCCUACACGCCGCCAGACAGAUAUACACCCUCAAUCCGGACAACCCUGCUGACUGCGCGACCAAAUUCAAGUCCAACACCCUCAUCGGUCUAAUCAUUCUGCUGGGCAUUUUAGGAGGGGGUUAUACUCAAUAUAUAGACAACAGAGCGAGGCAUAGAGGCAAGGAGGACCUUAGUGUUGCCAGCAGCUGUUUAUUUGGGUAAAUAGUAAAUAACUAAUAAUUAUGCUGGGCAUUCUGGGCGCGGGCUACUCGCAGUACAUAGACAACAGAGCGAGGUAUAAAGGCAAGGAGGAUCUUAGUGUUGCCAGCAGCUGUUUGUUUGGGUAAAUACUUAGUAAAUAAGUAAUCAUUUUGCUGGGCGCUCUAAGCGGGCUACUCGCAAUACAUAGACAACAGAGCGAGGCAUAUAAAGGCAAGGAGGAUCUUAGUGUUGCCAGCAGCUGUUUGUUUGGGUAAAUACUUAGUAAAUAACUAAUCAUUCUGCUGGGCACUCUGGGCGCGGGCUGCUCGCAGUACAUAGACAACAGAGCGAGGUAUAAAGGCAAGGAGGAACUUAGUGUUACCAGGGGUGCGAAACUCCUUGCUUCGGGCAAACUCGGCUCCGUUCGGCUCAGCAUUGCUCCGAGCAAUUAUUAGGAUUGACACAGCUUGACGUCCCUUUGUACGACCACAGAUAAGAUAAUGACUUAGAUUUUUGACAACCAUAAAUAGCCGAAAGGGAUAGUCCCAUUAGAAAGGAACAACAUGAUUCGACCCUGAAC